AUGUGCCAGACAACCGGUAACUCCUCAUCCACGGAACGGGCAACUCUAAGUGCUGCCGCCAGAGCCCAGGUGCCAGACCACCCCGCCGCUCAGGAAGCCCUCGAAGUCGCUCUCAACUCCCUCUCGCCAUCCCUCUUCAACCACAGCCUCCGUCUGUACAUCUACGCUCAAGCAUUUCUCAACUCAUCAUCGGCCGGCCUUCCUGGUUCCCACGAGGCCUUCAAUGGAGUUCCGCUCGAGCCCCACGUGCUGUUCGUAGCCUGCAUCUACCACGAUCUAAGCACCAUCGAAAAGUACGACAACAACCCCAAGCGCUUCGAGAUUGUCGCCGGCGAUGAAGCCGUAGCUCUCCUCCUCCGCCAUGGGGAGUCCGAGUCCGUUGCCAGAGAGGCCUGGCUUGCCAUGUCUCUGCACACGACCCCCCAUAUCCCGGAGAACCUCGGAGGAGCCGUGCAAGCUCUCCGGCUGGGCAUCCGGACGGAGUUCCGCGGAUUCGAGUUGCAAAAGGAUAGUCUCUCAGAGGAGCAGUGGAGGGUUGUGAAGGAAGAUUUGCCGCGGCUUGAGAUAGAAAAGGACUUGUCGGAUGCGGUUGUCCGACAGGCGCUUGCUACAGAGGAGAAAGCGCCGCGGAUGACUUGGGCGGGAGAGCUGCUGAAGUGGAAGAAGGCGAAUCCAGAUUACCAGGGCACCAACCAAGCCUUUUAA